CAUCCCAGUUCACCCACAGCUUCAGAGAGUUGCACUUAUUUAGAAUGACUAAUUCAAAGCCUUUGUGAGAUCACGACGAGUCUCCAGCUCUGUCUUUUGCAGUAGUGAAAAUAGAGAAAUAUACAAGACCCUCUGCGCUUAAAAUGUCUUCUAGUGAUAAAAAACUGACAGAUGGUGAGAAUGGAAGUCUUAAAAAGGGCAAAAAAAAGCAGAAGGGGGAAGAUGCUUGGAGACCAGAGGGACCCAGAGACCCUUUUGCCAUGCUGGACGCUCUGCCAGAGACGAAACAGCAGGAGAUCCAGAGAGCCCUUCAUCUCUUUUCCCUGGGCCAUAGUCUGCCCAAGACCCUGCAGCAGGCCAAGAGACACACCUACCGCUUCUGGGACACACAACCUGUCCCCAAACUAGAUGAAAGCAUUACUGAACAUGGCCCAAUAGCUGAAAGUGGAACCGGCGUCCGAGAUGAGCCCUACUCUCUACCUCAAGGUUUCUCCUGGGACAAUUUAGACUUGAGCAGCCCUCCAGUGUUGAGAGAGCUAUGCAGCUUUCUAAAUGAGAGCUACAUGGAAGAAGAUGACAACAGUGUCAGAUUUGACUUCCGUCCAGAGUAUCUACAAUGGGUUUUACAACCUCCAAACUGGCUGCUUCAUUGGCACUGUGGAGUGCGAGUAGACGCCAGCAAAAAGUUAGUUGGCUUCAUUGCUGCUGUUCCUGCAGAGAUUCGCAUUUAUGAGACCGAGAAGCAGGUGGUGCAGGUCAAAUUCCUGUGUGUUCAUAAGAAGCUGCGCCUCAAGCGGAUGACUCCGGUUCUGAUCCGUGAACUUACCAGACGGGUCAACCAGCGGGGUAUCCACCAGGCUGUCUACACAGCAGGCACCGUCCUUCCCACGCCUCUAAGCUCCUCCAGUCAGUGGCAUCGCCCCCUGAAUCCCCGUAAGCUGAUGGAGGUCAACUACCCAGGUCUGAGGCAGAACGUAACCCUGCAGAGAGCGCUGAAGUUCAACCGCUUGCCUGAGGUGACAAAGGUACGGGGUCUGCGCCCAAUGGCCAAAGAGGAUGUUGCCUUGAUCCACACCCUGCUCCAGAAAAACCUCUGCAACUUUCAUCUGAGCCCCAUCCUGUCUCUGCAGGAAGUAGAGCACUGGCUGUUGCCAAGGGAGCAUUUGAUUGACACCUAUGUGGUGGAGGCCGAUGACGGUGCGCUGACAGAUGUGGUGAGCUUCUACAGCAUCUCCUCCAGAGUGCUGAAUCACCCCGUGCACGCUGGUCUGAGAGCAGCUCAUCUGCUCUACAUCGCCUGCACUGCCACGGAGAUGGGCGAGCUCAUGGAGGAUACGCUGAUCCUGGCUAAAUCUAAAGGCUUCGACAUCUUCUCCGCUCUCGAUGUGAUGGACAACAGGAAUUUUCUGGACAGGCUCAAGUUCACUGUCAGUGACAGAAGUGUUCAUUACUACCUAUACAACUGGAUGUGUCCUCCCAUGAGCCCGGACAAGGUCGGCUUGCUGAUACCCAACUAACCUGAACGGCUGAAGAAGAAAGAAGGACACUGAUCAGAGUAUAGCGGAUUGUCAACCUCAAUGAGCAUAAACUUGUGGAUUUACACAAACAUACAAUUCAAGUCAAAUAAAUAACUAAUAAAUAAUGCUAUUUCCAGGGGUGUCAAGUAACAAAGUACAAAUACUUUGUUACCUUACUUAAGUAGAAAUUUUGGUUAUCUAUACUUCACUGGAGUAAUUAUUUUUCAGACGACUUUUUACUUUUACUCCUUACAUUUUCACGCAAUUAUCUGUACUUUU